AAUAGCAUUAUCAAUCUGAGAAUCUGUGAUUCAUUCGUCACAAAUAUCAAAUCGACAAAGUUAACUUAAAAUUAUGAAAUUCCGCCUGAAGAAGUUCUUGUUUUUUAUUUCCCUAAGAGUGGGUUGCAUGAUCAGUGCUUUGGUUCUGUUCCUUUUCGAACUUCUCGCCGUUCCUUUGAGAGAUGCACGUCCAUGCUGUGAUUCCUUUGAAGGUGUUUUAGCAGUUGUCUACAGGGUAUUGGGAAUAAUUUACUUCAUUGGCUGCCUGAUGCUGUUCGUGGCCUCUUGUGUGAGAAUCUCCUUUCUCGUUAUGAUAUUUCUUUCCACGAGCCUAUUGCACACUAUUUUGUUUCCUGGUUUUUUGGUGGCCGAAGUCAUGAUUUGGCAUGCAAAUAUCAUCGAUCUUGGCUUGUCCAUUGGCGGUCUUGUUUUACGCAUCUAUUUUUGGGUUGUGGCCUACGCUUUUUAUUACCAGUGCAAAGAUGAUGGUUUGAAUGAGGUGAACCUAACUCAAAGCAAAAAACUGAGAGGAUCAACGGUUUCGCUGAAGGGAAACAAUUAAAUGUUAAGCUAUUUAAAAUGGGGUCUAUAGAUUGAAGAAUCUUCCACCAAUCUCCAGAUUAACAAACCGAUAAAAACAAUUAGAAAUAAAGCAAGUAUACACACAUA